AUGACGAUGUACAAUAUACCCUUUGAAGAACUUUAUCACAACCUCUUGUGUGGGCGAUUUCAAAGAAAAUUGGUCAAAGUGUAUGCACAAUACACGGCGAUCCAAGCUUCCGCUAGAACCUUUUCAAGAGGACCUCACCAGUUUCGAGAGAAACAACAACAACAGGCACCUCAAAGGAGCACUUUGGGUGAAUUCUUUUUACCAGAUGUUGAUCAUGCUAAUUUUGGAUGUUUUGCACCACCUAUUCAGGCAAAUACUUUUGAGAUCAAAACUAGCACGAUUAUUCUACUUGAGAAUCGAUGCCAAUUUUAUGGGUUGCCUAUUAAAGAUCCAAAUGCGCAUAUUUUGAAAUUUUUGGAGGUGUGCAAUACGUUCAAGAUUCCCAACAUGACGGAGGAUCAAAUCAAGCUUCGAUUGUUUCCAUUCUCUUUGCGAGAUAAGGUACGACCAUGGAUACGAUCUAUAGCUAGCAACUCCAUCACCAUAUGGAGACAACUCGCUGAAGCUUUCCUCAAUAAAUACUUCCCUUUGGGGAAGACUGCAAGAUUAACGAAAAAAAUUAUAGAUUUCUUUCAACAUGAUGGAGAAGCUUUAUAUGAGGCAUGGGACAAAUUAAAUGAACUCCAGCGAAGUUGCCCACAUCAUCACCUCCAAAAGGAACAAUUAAUUCAAAUAUUUUAUAAUGGAAUUAAUGAGCAUACUAGAGCUACUAUUGAUGCAGCUUCAGGAUGCUCAAUCAUGAGGAAGAAGUAUAAAGAAGCUCUUGCAUUGCUAGAUGAGUUGGCAAUGUAUAGCAGUUCUUGGCCUAUAGAGAGGGUGAGGCAGUCAACCCAAAGGGGCAUGAUAACACUAGAGCAAAUCCAAGAGUUGGAGGCAAUGAAAGCAAAAAACGUUGCUCUUCAAGCUCAAGUGGAGAUGUAUAAAAGGCAAGCAAGUCAAAUGAAUGCUCCGGUGGCAGCAGUUCAAGCAGUUACGGGACAUGCCACAAAUGACCAAGUUAAUUACGUUGGAGGACAAAGGCAAGGUAACGAUCCAUAUUCAAACACCUAUAAUCCAAGAUGGGAGAAUCAUCCAAAUUUUGCCUGGAAGGAUACGAAUCAUGUGGGUCAAGCCAACGCAAAUACUCAAUCAAGUGCGGGAAGUUCCAAUUUUCAGUUGGGCAACCACUACCAACCUAACCAAGGUAACUUUAACUCUCACAACUAUGGAGGUAGACCGCAAUAUCCUUCCGAAUUCCAACAAAACAGGGAUCAAGAUGAAGAGAGCAAGCUCGAUAAAAUAUUAGAGAAAAUGGAGGGAUUCGAGAGGUUUGAAGCGGAAGCACGACAAAUAGACAAAACUCAAGCAUCUGCCUUCCAUCAUCUCGAGGUGAAACUAUCACAAUUAGAAAGCUCCAUCCAAGGUAGAACCCAAGGUGGUUUACCUUAUACUGCCGAAACUAAUCCAAGAGAGUUUGUGAAAGCUAUCACACCCCGAAGUGGCAAGUUUUUUGAUGAUCCUCAUAGUAAGAAGCCUAUCAAAGUUAAUGAUGAGUCAAGUGCUAAUGAGGCAAGUUCUAGUAAGUCAGGGGUUAGUGAAGAGGUCGUCGUUGGAGUUGAGGCUCCUUAUGUUAGACCACCACCACCAUCUCCAUAUGUUCCUAAGGUACCGUUUCCAAGUCGACUCAAGAAGAAACAAGAUAACCAAAAAUGCCAUAAAUUCUUGGACAUCUUCAGGAAGCUACAAAUCAACAUAAGUCUAGUAGAUGUUUUGCGUGAAAUGCCUCAAUACGCAAAGUUCAUCAAAGAUAUAAUCAUGAACAAGCGGAGCUGGGACGAAAAAGGCACUAUUUCAUUGACUGAAAAUUGUAGCUCAAUCAUCACAAGCAAGUUGCCUACCAAAUUGCAAGAUCCAGGGAGUUUCACUAUUUCUUGCUCAAUUGGCACUUCUACUUCUCUUAAUUGUCUUUUUGAUUUGGGUGCAAGUAUAAAUCUAAUGCCCCUGUGUCUUUUCAGAAAUUUAUGCGGAAAUCAAUCGGUAAAGGAAAUCUCCAUGAUGCUCCAAUUAGCCGACCAUUCACUCAUUCACUUAAGAAACCGCAUGGAGUAA